AUGCUUGCGGCUACCCCAGGUAAAGGUGGUGCAAUCGUCCAUCCUAGAAUUUCUCAGUAUUCUCACAAUGAAGGAAACCGUCGCUACAGUGGCCUUCAGCGCAGCACAAAACUGAAAUUGGAUUCUGACAAAAGUGUGGACACGAUUUCAGUUAGCUGGCAAUCACUCUGGCAAAAAACGAUUGAUGGAAAGUCCUCAUAUAGGCAAACGCACGAAGAGUCAAGAUUUCGCGAAAUUGAAAGGGGGACGCUAGUUUACUCAGCGUGGUUUGAUGAUCGAAAAGUUCAGAGUUUCAUUCGAGUUUUGUUACUGACCUCAACAAGAGAUCCUCUACCUUCGCUUUUUUGCCAUUUCGAAACUUGCGCGCCCAAACAAAAUGGCGUGUACACCAGCAGGGUUUCCUUCUAUCAAAAUAGCGGAAAUCACUUCAUGAAGUUUGGGUGCUUCAUAGGCUCUUGUCUUCUUCCACCAGAACUCGACUGCAAACCUUGUUUUGUAAAUAUCUCCACAAGACCAAUCUCAAAUGUUCUAAACAAAAACACUGACUCGGUUGUCUUGCCCGUGGGUUUUAUCGACCAUCAACAUGGUACGGAGAACGUGAGCCGCAGGCAAUACGGAAUUUGUAUUCCUCCGUUGCAUGGUGAAAUAUCGUUCGACAGGUUGAUCGAGUUUUUGGAACUCUCGCAGAUUUUGGGAGCUUCAUAUUUUACUUUCUAUAACUUGGUAGCGUGUGAGAGAAUACGGAGAGUGUUGAAUUAUUACGAAGAUAAGGGGUUGGCACGAGUUCUUCCUUGGAAUUUACCCUCUUAUAUCGGCAAGUAUGAUAUCCACUAUUUUGGGCAGACAUUGUCCAUUAUGGAUUGCUUGUUUCGAUCUAUGAGUCAUCUUGAUUUUGUGGCGUUCAAUGAUUUAGAUGAGUUCAUUGUGCCGCUCCAGUAUGAAAAUAUAAUCACCUUUCUGGAGAAAAUCCACAAACAAGAAUAUUGUGGCCACUGUUUGGACAGUGUAACUUUCGACCCUUCAAAAGACGAUUUGCCACCCUCACGAUUAUUGGUGACGCAACAUGUUUUCCAUCGCACGAAAAAGCCUACUCCAUUUUGGAACAAAUGCGUUGUUGAUCCACGAAAAAUUUUCGAACAAGGAAUACAUCAUAUAGUAAUGCCAAUCGAAGACAAUUACGUCGCUGAUAAGGUGAAUUGGAGCAUAGCGAGAGUUUUUCAUUACAGAAAAUGUCACGAUACACAAGCCCUUAUGCACUGUUCUGACUUUGAAGAAGACAAAACUAUGCAAAAAUUCGGAGCACAGUUAAAGCGUAAUUUUCGAAUAAACCGUCUUCUUAGUGGUAUAUUAAUGAGCGCUAACAAGGACCCAGGAAGGAAGACGUCGAAGAGAAAGGCCUAGGAAAACUUGGAGACGAACUGUGGAGAGGGAAAGAGUGCAGUUUGCCGGGAUUCAAAGACUGGCUGGAUGCUGGUGCAUGUGCUUGGUACCGAGAAGCUUGGAGAGUGAGAACGCAAGGUCUUAUUUCCUUGUAGGGAAAAGGAUAUGAUGAUGAUGAUGAUAAUGAUGAUGAUGAUGAAUUGUGUAGCAACGGUUUUUUCGCGGGGUCAGGAGGAGAGAGAACUGAAAGAAGAUCUCCUGUAUUGAACCUGUAUUAAGCUGACCCCAUAUUAUUUAACCGGARAUCCUCUAUUAAGGUAAUUCCAU